AUGGCAGGGAAGCUGAAGUGGGUGACUGAUAUAGAGAAGUCUGUGCUUAUUAACAACUUUGAAAAGAGAGGUUGGAUCCAAGUGUCAGAAAAUGAGGACUGGAACUUUUAUUGGAUGAGCGUUCAGACUAUCAGAAAUUGCUUCAGUGUGGAGACCGGCUUUCGCCUCUCUGACGACCAGCUUGUCAAUCAUUUCCCCAACCAUUAUGAACUCACAAGGAAAGAUUUGAUGGUAAAAAAUAUAAAACGAUAUAGGAAAGAGCAAGAAAAAGAAGGAAGCCCUCUUGCAGAGAAGGACGAGAAUGGAAAGUACCUAUACUUAGAUUUUGUACCCGUUACGUUCAUGCUUCCGGCUGAUUACAACCUCUUUGUAGAAGAAUUUAGAAAAAAUCCGUCCAGCACCUGGAUCAUGAAACCAUGUGGGAAGGCUCAAGGGAAGGGGAUUUUUCUCAUCAACAAACUCUCACAAAUUAAAAAAUGGUCCCGGGACAGCAAAACCUCAUCGUUUGUAACUCAGUCCUCUAAAGAAGCAUAUGUCAUCUCCCUGUAUAUUGAUAAUCCUCUUCUGAUUGGAGGGAGGAAAUUCGACUUGCGUCUAUAUGUCCUGGUGACUACAUACCGGCCACUCAAGUGUUAUAUGUACAAGUUGGGAUUCUGUAGAUUCUGCACAGUUAAAUACACUCCAAGCACUAGUGAGCUGGACAAUAUGUUUGUGCACCUCACAAACGUCGCCAUUCAGAAGCAUGGGGAUGACUAUAAUCACAUCCACGGUGGGAAGUGGACGGUGAGUAAUUUGCGUUUAUACCUGGAGAGCACAAGAGGCAGAGACGUCACAAACAAACUGUUUGAUGAAAUUCACUGGAUUAUUGUGCAGUCUCUGAAAGCUGUUGCGCCUGUAAUGAAUAACGACAAGCAUUGCUUUGAAUGCUACGGUUAUGACAUCAUCAUUGAUGACAAGUUAAAACCGUGGCUUAUAGAGGUUAAUGCUUCUCCGUCUCUCACCUCAAGCACGGCCAAUGAUCGCAUACUCAAAUACAACCUCAUUAACGACAUACUGAAUAUAGUAGUUCCUAACGGGGAUAUUCCUGACUGCAAGUGCAGCAAAUCUGUACCCAAAGAUGCUCUGGGAAACUAUGAAAUCCUAUAUGAUGAAGAGGCAGCACAAACUGACGGAUCAGAGAAAGACUUCCGGAAUCGAGCUGGACAGUCAGUUGGUCCCAGGGGAAGCCGAACCAGAGAGCUUGGGAGAUCUGUACCUACAAUGUGGAAAUAGUACUGGCUACAAAAAGGAUAACUACUCAUUGGGCAUGAGUGUGACAGAGCAGGGACGUGCAUUACUUGCUUUGCACAAACAAACUGUCACACUAGAUGAGGGACAGGUUACUGGGGAAGAUGAAGAAUAGUUCUAUGGAAAUGGCCUGCACAGAUUGGUAUGGGGAGAGAUUAGAGAUCAUUCUGUGCUCUUCUUGCAGAUGAGUUCCACUGAUUACUCAUUAUUAUGUUUAGAAUAGAAAACCAAUAAAAAUCAUGUGCCGUGAUUACUUAAAGGGACACUAAACCCAAAUUUUUUCUUUCAUGAUUCAGAUAGAGCAUGCAAUUUUAAGCAACUUUCUAAUUUACUCCUAUUAUCAAAUUUUUUUCCUUCUCUUGGUAUCUUUAUUUGAAAUGCAAGAAUGUAAGUUUAGAUGCCGGCCCAUUUUUGGUGAAUAACCUGGGUUAUUCUUGCUGAUUGGUGGAUAAAUUCAUCCACCAAUAAAAAAGAGCUGUCCAGAGUCCUGAAACAAAAAAGAAGCUUAGAUGCCUUCUUUUUCAAAUAAAAAUAGCAAGUGAAUGAAGAAAAAUUGAUAAUAGGAGUGAAUUAGAAAGUUGCUUAAAAUUGCAUGCUCUAUCUGAAUCAUGAAACAAAAAUUUGAGUUCAGUGUCCCUUUAAGUUACCAAGUAAUGCAGGAAACCACAUUUCUGAGCCACACAGAGCGUUUUAUUGUUUCUCUCUCUGGCAUAGUGAGGCAUCGUUAUUCACCAUCUGCAGCACACUGUAGCGCUAAUUGUAUCCUUUGUCAUAGACUGCUUUGUGCACUGAUUUAACAGCCAGCUGUUUAUUUGCCGUCACUGAAUACGGACGGUCCUAUGAUACAAAUGUGUCAAGAAAACGGCAUAUUUACAGUAGAUCGGCUCCCUAGAUUUGAUUGUGCACAGAUAUGAUUCAGAGAAAAGCUUAAAUGACGUAGAAUUUGUGUUUAUGUAGCACACCUGGAGUGUGUACAUAAGUAUAUGGAGAGUAUUUUCAUUUAUCAUGUUGACGUUUUUGUACUUAAAGGGAUACUAAACCCAAUUUCUUUCUUUCAUGAUUCAGAUAGAGCAUGUGAUUUUAAUGCUUGCUGAUUGGUGGCUACAUUUAGCCACCAAUCAGCAAGCACUACCUAGGUGCUAAACAAAAAAUGGGCCUGCUCCUAAGCUUACAUUACUGUUUUUUAAAUAAAGAUAGCAAGAGAACGAAGAAAAAUUGAUAAUAGGAGUAAAUUAGAAAGUUGCUUAAAAUCGCAUGCUCUAUCUGAAUCAUGAAAGAUAAGAAUUUGGGUUUAGUGUCCCUUUAAUUGGUUUUCCUAAGUUUAAUAUAUUAGAUUGCUUGUAUGUAUAUUCAUGUAUAAAUUAGAUCAUUGUUUUCAGACCAAAUGUCAUUCAAUAUAUUGUGAUCAACCAUAUAUUAUAGCAUCUGUAUAUAUUAUGACUCUGUAUACCACUUGCAGAGCAGAUCUAGUGCCCUGUGCAUGUUUAGUAACUUGCUAGUUUACAUUAAGCUCUGAGACAGAUCAUUGUUACAGAUGUUACAUUUACUGUCUUGCCAGAAGCCAUGUGUUUUAACUGAAUGACAUUUUACUUGAAAUUAUUAUAUUUAAAUUAACCUUUAUUUAUUAAAAUGUGAACAUGUGUGAAUGUA